AUGGAAGGUAUCACGAAUCGAGUGUACAAAGGCGUUAAAGGAUACUGGCGGAGGAGACGCUACCAGCGCCUUGGCGGGAACAGUCGCGACGAAUCUGGACCUAAACGGCGGAGCCGUUUCUGGAGGAUAAGAAUAACACGGAAGCUGAAACUGAAGUUCAAGUUUCGGUGCUCUCCGAAGAAGUUACUGAUCGGGAUCCGUGACGGUUAUGUGAGGAUGAUGAUGAGAAUGGCGACUUCGUCGGUGGUUACAGGAGGCGGUGGUUAUGGAGACGGUGUAGCGAGGUUUGGAAUGAAACCGGUGAAGGAGUAUGACGAGAAGAUGAUUAUCGAGAUCUACAAAUCAUUGGCGAUGAGGCAAGCUCAGUUUGGUGCCGAUCGAUAUCCACAGAUUACGAUUUCCCGAUUGCUGAUAUCGCUCACCUACGCAAAGAAACGCACAUGGAAUCAUCGAGUAAACCUCCACAUACUUUUAAUAGUUUCUUUUUCGACUCAAAUUAAAGUUUCUGCAUCCAUCGUUUCAAUCAUUCCGGUCGUUAGGAGAUUAAUUAGGUUGUCAAUCCACUGUUUUAGGUAUUUAUCUUUAUGA